AUGUCUCCCGCAAAUCCCCUCCGAGUUGGAGUCCUCCUCGUUGACUCUGUCCAACUCCUGGACAUCGCGGCCGUCGACCUACUGUACAUGACCAGCCCGGAAUACAUCGCAGCAAUCGGCAUGCCAAAGCCGAUGCAAGAACUCGGUCGCCCCUGCAAAGUCCACUAUAUCGGGCGUGAUGGACCGAACAAUCUUUCGCCAAUGACCGCGCACCUCAAAGUCGCAUUGACCGAUUCCCUGAGCAGCCCGGCUGUUGCUCCCGGUAACUUGGACGUGCUGUUUAUCCCCGGACCUCCACCCGACAACAUGCCCUGCGCCGACAAGUACCUUGAAUUCGUCCGCCAGCACUUCGCUGCUGGCGCUGACGUUAUGUCUGUCUGCACUGCUGCUUUGGUCAUUGCCUAUGCCGGUAUUACCAAAGGCAAGGUUGCGACGGCGCCCCGGUUUUUGAUUCCCCGGCUGCGCAAGGAAUUCUAUGAGACCAAGCGCUGGGAUAAUGAGUUGCGGGUUGUGAGAGAUGGGAAUCUUUGGUCUUGUGGUGGAAUCACAAAUGGACAUGACCUGAUGGCCGAAUACCUUCGCCAGAACUACCCCAUCCCCUUGGUCAAUGUCAUUCUUGGCGCCGCAGAUAUCGUUCCCCGUGUAAUUAAGUACCCGACCCGUCCGGUGACCGACACGGCAUUCUUCAUGUGGCAGAUCUUCCGGUCUGUCCCGGUCUAUGUCCUUCGCAUGCUUAGAGGAGGUUAA